AUGGAUGUGGACAAGGAGGACAUGCUCGUAUCUGAGAAAACUUCGCCUGAUUCUGCCACAAAAGUCAACACAGAGGAACGCCUGCACAUGCCAAUGGAAGUUGACGAUGGGUCAACUACGAGUGUUGACGACAAUGAUGAAACUCUGGGAAAAGAAACUUCUGGGAAGCAACCACCCUUGGCUCGGGAGCAAACAACAACUUCAGCGGAGGUUGACGGCAGUGAUGAGGAUGAGACGCCUGGGACGGCUACCCCAAAAGUCACUAAAGAGAGACCAGCCUCAGUCGGCUUUUCCAUGGAUGUUGACGAUGGCGAAGACAAAGAGGACAAAGCUCUGUCCUUCCGAGGAGAGACUGUGGAUGCCUCCGGACGAGCCCCUCGGUCCUCUGUAUUGGAUGAUUUUAUCACUGGGAAGGGUGGUUCAGGGAGUUUGGCCGGCGGAAGCAAAGCUUCCGAAGCGGCUACUAGUACUAUCUGGGACCCCCCCCCCAGCAAAGUCUCCGAACCUGGCAGGGUGCCUGGGAGUUUGGCCACAAGCGGUGCAUUAGGGGAAGAGGCCUCUUCUGAAGACGAGGCCGAGGCUUCCAAAAAGCCACCCUCGAUAUCUCUACCUUCUGCUGAAGCCUCCAAAUUUGCUUCUGGUACUGCCACUCUCACCAUUCCUGAAGGUGCCACGGUUCGAAAGCAGCAGAAGAACAGCAAAGCCUCUGAUGCUGCUACUGCCACCGAAGCAUCAACAACAGGCGAUGAUGAAGAAGAGGAAGCAAAGGCCUCCGAAGAUGAGGCGGGAAAGCCUGAGGCAGCGACAGCCAAGCCAAACUCACGACCUGAAAAGAGCAAGCCAAGGAAGAAGCACAAAAAGGGCAAUGACCAGAAGAAGAGAGAUAGAUCAAGGGAGGAAAUCACACACGAUGAAGAUCGACAACGGAGAAUUGGGCUACAAAACGAAAAGGAACGUCUCAAGGAGGAGCUUGGGAAGGUCUCUCUGGAUCAAGAUCGCCGUAAGGAAAUCAUCACAAGAAUUGCACAGAUUGAUCGAUUUCUGGAUGAAAACGAGCAGAAUCUCUGGACCGAUCCCAAUCGGAAAGGUCAAAAUUCUGUCACGGGGAUUCCAUGGCCUGAGCCUCUUCAGGAUUACCGAGAGCAUGGUGAGAGAAGUAACACUUGCAUUGAUUUGCAUCAUGCAGUCCAUCUAAAAAGUGGGAGGGCCUGGCGUUUCAAUGGUGACAACUGCCUCCUUGAAGCAGGUUGCAACGCAAUUGGUGUGCGUUUUGCCUUGACAGUCAGUGACAUGCACAAGGCAUUUGAAAAUGAUAAAAGGCGCGAGCCAAAGACUGGAGAGUGGAAGCAGCAUGAACAUUUGUUUGCGGUUGCUGUUCAACUGAAUAAGGAACUCAACAAUAUGUACAAAGUGAUCACCAGAUCCAAGAAAAGGAAGGAUAAGGAUCGUUUUCCUAUGUUGAGAUCUUUCUACCAGCUUUUCAAUGAGAAGCAAGGCUGUUUUUUGGUGGUGGUGCAGAUGAAGGUAAACUCUGACAGUGGAUUCAACAAUGUUGGACAUUGUUUCAUGUUUAAUGCCGGGGCAGGCUACAUUGCGGAUGGCAACGAAGGAGUCAUGCCCGUCAAACCUUUCAACGAGGAGCACAAGGAGAAGUUUGAUUGCAUUGCCCGAACUGAUGCUGAGGAGCAGCAACGCAAUACCCUCAGUGGUCUGGAACUGCAAGAUUCUGACAACAAGCUGAGCAAGGAGCUAGACCAAAAGCUUGGGAAACGGUUCGGAUGGAUCAAGCUGGAGACUGUCUACCAGGUUGUAGUGAAGAAAGAUGCAGUGGAACGUGGGCUGGUCCACCAACAAAUCAUGCCCAAAGACAUGGGCGCACGAACUACUGGUAGAGGAGAGGGGAAGAAAUAG